CACUUUUUGGGUCACACCAGCGUGCCUGAAUAUUCAUUUGUCUAAGAGGAGAACGCCUACAGAUUAUGAGGUCACCAAACUGAAUCUCACAAACAAGCUGUCUCCAAUAUCUCACAGCUGGACUUCCCCAGGCGUGGUGACAGCGGGGUCAGUGAGGACCAGCUGAAUUCCGGGUGAUUGACAGCAAUAACAGGGCGCUGGGUUGGUGAGACACGAACUUCGGCUGGGACUUUGCAAGUGACCUUGGAUAUAAGAUUAUCACUUCCCCUCUCCUGCUUGUGGUUAAGAACUUGAAGCAAGAUGAACUGCUGCUGGCAGUAUGGAAUGAUGGUUCGCACACACACAGUUAGUUACCUGAUGCCAGAAGUCUGAAGACAAGUAGUGUGCCAUCUUUGGUUUUUUGGUUCCAUCUUGUUGUAAUGGACUCUAAUGGCAUUGGUCUCUUCCUUGCUUAGAAUGAGGCACGUUUUGCCAUUUGUGGAAACCUGCCUGUGAUUCAUUUUCCUCACUGCAGUAUUGAGAGUUAUACCAAAUUGAAAAGAUAUGAAUGAAUAUCCUAAAAAAAGAAAAAGGAAGACUUUACACCCUUCUCGCUAUUCAGAUUCUUCUGGAAUAAGCAGAAUUGCAGAUGGAGUCAGUGGGAUUUUUUCUGAUCAUUGUUACAGUGUGUGCUCUAUGAGACAGCCAGACUUAAAAUAUUUUGACAACAAAGAUGGUGAUUCUGAUCCUGAGACAGCAAAUGACUUGCCCAAAUUUACAGAUGGAACCAAGGCCAGAAACAGGAAUCAGAGCUACCUGGUUUCCAGCCCUGUGCUUAGGAUUCUAGACCACACUGUCUUUUCCACAGAAAAGUCUACUGAUGUUGAGAUCUGUGAUGAAGAGUGUGCCUCACCUGAGUCAGUGCAUCAGCAUACUCAAGAGGAGAGCCCUAUAGAGGUUCAUACCUCAGAAGACGUCCCAAUUGCUGUAGAAGUUCAUGCUAUUUCUGAAGAUUAUGAUAUAGAGGCAGAGAACAAUUCCUCUGAGAGCCUCCCAGACCAGACUGAUGAAGAACCACCGGCUAAACUCUGUAAAAUACUUGACAAGAGCCACGCUUUGAAUGUGACUGCCCAACAGAAGUGGCCUUUACUGAGAGCCAACAGCAGUGGCCUCUACAAGUGUGAACUUUGUGAAUUCAACAGUAAGUAUUUUUCUGACCUAAAGCAACAUGUGAUACUGAAACACAAGCGCACUGACUCGAAUGUGUGUCGGGUAUGUAAGGAAAGCUUCUCCACCAACAUGCUCCUCAUUGAGCACGCCAAACUUCAUGAAGAAGAUCCCUACAUCUGUAAGUACUGUGACUAUAAGACAGUGAUCUUUGAGAACCUCAGCCAGCAUAUUGCCGACACCCACUUCAGCGACCACCUUUACUGGUGUGAGCAGUGUGAUGUGCAGUUCUCCUCAAGCAGUGAGCUCUACCUGCACUUCCAAGAGCAUAGCCGAGAUGAGCAGUACUUGUGCCAGUUCUGUGAGCAUGAGACAGGGGACCCUGAGGACUUGCACAGCCACGUCGUCAAUGAGCAUGCUCGCAGACUGAUCGAGCUGAGUGACAAGUGUGGCAGUGGUGGACAUGGGCAGUGCAGCCUUUUAAGCAAGAUCACCUUUGACAAAUGCAAAAAUUUCUUUGUGUGUCAAGUAUGUGGCUUUCGGAGCAGACUUCAUACAAAUGUCAACAGACACGUGGCUAUCGAGCAUACUAAAAUAUUCCCUCAUGUUUGUGAUGACUGUGGGAAGGGCUUUUCUAGCAUGUUGGAAUAUUGCAAGCAUCUAAAUUCACAUCUAUCUGAAGGGAUUUAUUUAUGCCAAUAUUGUGAAUAUUCAACAGGACAAAUUGAAGAUCUAAAAAUUCAUCUAGAUUUCAAGCAUUCAGCUGACUUGCCUCAUAAAUGUAGUGACUGCUUGAUGAGGUUUGGGAAUGAAAGGGAAUUAAUCAGUCACCUUCCAGUCCACGAGACUACCUGACUGUUAGCUUUACAUAAUGUUUAUGUAAAAUAAUAAAUUCCUUUUUAAUGUUAAAAAUGGGCAAGCUGAAAUACUUUUGACAAGUUUUCUGGCAUCGCUGCAUUUUUCAGAAUAUACUUAGUGGCGGUGUUUUCAACUGCAUGACAGUCAUAGUUAUCACUUGGUGACUAUUACGCAGUUUCUUGCCUGUGCUCCAAGUUCCUGAAUGGAAACAAGGGUACUGAAGAAAGUAAAAAGUCUUUUAAAACCCAAGACAGCCUUGUAUGAAGUAGGCUACAUGUAUUGACCACAGGGUUAGGGUAUGUAUGUGUGGUAGUGGAGGUGGAGUUGUUCAUAGUUUAUAUUAUAUGGGGUGUUUGCCUGACUGUAAGCACACCAGGUGUGUGCAGUGCCCAGGGAGGCCUGAGGAGAGGGCAUCAGAUUUCCUGGAACUGGGGUUACUAACACCUAUAACUGCAUGGAGACAUGGUUUCACCCUAUAGCUUAAGCUGGUUUCAAACUGUCAUCAGUCCUGCCUCAGCCCCUCAGGUGUUGGGAUAGCAGGCAUAAAACACCACACCUGAUGAAUUCUUUUUAAAGACUCUACUUGAGUUGAAGAAUGUAAUGGAGGAGGGCUGGGAAGGUGUGAGACAGUAAAGAUGCAAGCACCUUAUAUUCCUUAUAACCAAUUGGCAUUCCAAUUAUCUUCAUUUAAGUUUCUAUUACCAGAGCUCUUGGUAUUUCCUCCUUAGUCAUAGAACUACAAAGUCCUGCCCCAACUUCUGACAAAAAUUUACCUAUGAAUUGAGAACCACUAAAGUAUUAUAGUAGCGUUGGGAAUGAAGAUGAACGUUUUCUGGUGUGGUAGUUGUCUACAUUCCAGUGGCUGCUGUAACAGCUACACAACACGUCUCUUAAAUAGUGGAAAUUUAACCAACUUGAGGUUGCUCCUGAGGGCCACUAGGGAAGGAUCCAACCCUAGCUUCUCAGCUUGCCCGUGACAGUCUUUGUGCCCCAUGGUGUUCUCCUGAUUUGGUGAUGUCCCAAAUCUGUGUCCUUACUGAAUCACUAAUCAUGGUCAAUCCUACCAUGUUCAUUUUAACUCACUAAAAAUCUAGGGCAGGAUGCAAUGGCACACAAUUGGAAUCUAAGCAUUCUGGAGAUAGAGAUUUGAAGAGCAGCUUCAGAUACAGAAAGUUUGAGACCGUUUCCACCAGAAAACAAACAAACCAACCAACCUCUGGGGCUAGAGGCAUGACUCAGUGGUUAAGAGCACUUGUUGCCCUGAGUUUGAUUCCUAGCACCCAUCUUAGGGAUUGACUACACCUUAAAUUCCAUCUCUAUCUGAGGUUAUCUGUAGGCCCCUGCACAUGUGGCAUCUACUCAAACACAUAGAUACUUUUUUUUUCGUUUAAAGUCUUCAAAUGAGUACAUUCUGAGGUACCUGGAGUAAUGAUUUCAGAAUUUGAGUUAGAGAGAAUAUACUGUAAUAAAUAGCCUCUAAAAUAGCAGUAUCAAGGGGACAAUGUAUAUCAUUGUAUUAUAAUAACAAUAUAAUAAUAUGGUCCAGGAAUAGUAAUAAGGCACCAAGAACCAUGGGAACCUUUGCCUGGUGGGUAUGGUGCGCAGUCUAUAAUCCCAGCAUUUAGGAAGUGGAAACAGGAAGAUUAGCAGUUGACAUCAUCAUUACCUAUGUGGCUGAGUGUCAGACAGGAAGUGGAACAGAGAUCACCUGAGAUCUUGUCUCAAAACAAAUGGACAGGGGAGCUGACUGAGAACCUCACUAUUCAGAAGGCUAAGGUAGAAGAACAGCUUAAAACCACCCUGAGCUAUAGAGUAAAAUCCUGUCUCAACUAAAACCAUAACACUGAGAAUGGAUAACUCAAUGAACAGUCUCACAAUUCACUACUUCUAUUUUGUGUACCUGUAUUCCAAGAAACUCACUUCAUCUGAUUGUAACCAGUUAAGUAUCUCCUAAAGCUUAGGAUCUUAGCAGUUUAAGUAAUUUCUUGUAAGACAGCAGCAAGCUACUAAUAAACCAAGGUCACAUUACCCAGGUUUGGACUACAGCCUAAAGCUCUGUUAUACCACUUGACACAGUGAGCCUUUGUCCUUAAGUGUUUUUCAGAACUUCACUGUAAGCUUCUUGGUAAUUCUGUUAUUUAUGCUUGUUGGGAAACAUCUAAUUCAAGGAAUUUGGCUUUCAGGAAGCAGACAUAAAUAAUUUUUUAAUGUGUAUUUUUAACUGAUAGCAAUCAGAGACUGAAGAGAACAAGUUAAUGCCAUUCAGUUUUGUUCUUUUUGAUGAAUUUAGCAUGAGACCAGAUCCCACUGAGUUAAUAGGCCUUAAAUUGCUGCUGUAGUGGACCUAAACAGUUAAGCUUAAUGGUUUUUGGAAAAGCAGACUUAGGUAAAGAGAAAAUUUUCAAAACUGGCAAGAUGGUAAAGAUACCUGCUAAAUCUGACAACUGAAUUUGAUGCCUGGGAGGGAGAGGACCAACUAAUUGUCCUCUGAUCAACACAUUUGUCCACAUACAAAUGUAAUUAAAAAAAUAAGGUGGAGAACA